UUUUGAAGACUCCAAAAUAGCCAGACCACUCCUUUCCUUUCCCCCAGGUCUCUCUCUCUCUCUCUCUCUCUCUCUCUCUCUGUAUGCAAACCUAAGCACGAAUCGAAAUAUAGAUUGGACAGUUCCCAUUUCCCAGUUCGCAGUUCUCAGUUCCCAUCACAGAACAUCGCUGCUGCAAGAGACACUUGGUUUCUUCUUCUUCUUCUUCUUCUUCUUCUUCUUCUGUGCUUCUGAGGUUCCUGCCCAUUAGCGCAUGCUCUUACCACUGGAAGAUGUUGGAAUUGAGAGACGGCAGUUGCUUUCCGAAGCCAUUGGUGGCCGUCAAUGUCGCUCUUGCUUGCAUCGAUGGAGCUAUUGUUUUUUUUGCGUUUUGCCAGCUGCUAAGGAUUCAUUCAAGGAGUUCACAGCUUGGUUGGACACGUCAAAAAGUGUUUCAUCUACUAAUUGGUUUAUCUAACAUGGGUUACUUCAUUUAUUUUAUAUUUACGCUUGUUGCUACUUGUAAGAGGUGGCCAUGCUGGUCCCAGUCUUGUGGAUUUAUCUUCAUGGCUUGCCCCAAUAUAUUGUUUCUUGCAGCAUUUCUUCUGCUUUUGUCAUUCUGGGUCGACCUUUGCCAUCAGGCAAAUGAUGAUGAUGAGGAUGAAGAAUGUAGUCCUCGGGAAGCUUUGUUGGAGAAGACUUUGAGUAGAUCAAAUCAAUUAAACACGGAUUGUCACAGAAAAUGUUUCCCCCUCCGACUCAUCCAUGUUGGAAGUCGCCAAAGAAUUGUGAUAUUGGUUACUGUUCUAGUCUUUGUCUUGAUGAUGGCAUCUGCGGUGCUUAUAUGGAUUGAGACAGGAAAGAAUCCAAUUGAUUCAUCUGUGGUGGCUCGGGUAUAUGUCGAUCUUUUUGCUAUAGCAAUUCUUCUAUUAGGAGGAGCAUUAGCUUGUUAUGGACUCGUAUUAUUCUUGAAAAUGAGAAGAGUAAGAUCUGAGAGAGCUUCAUCUGAAAUGAGGAAGGUUGCGGGUCUUGCAGUUGUCUCUGUUACUUGUUUUACAUCAAGUUCCUUUGUAGCACUUCUUACAGAUAUUCCACUUCUUUACCGCUGGCAUCAACAGCAAGUAAAUGGUGCUUAUACUUCUGUUUUACUGAUUUUAUAUUAUUUUAUAGGUUCAUCAGUACCCUCAGCUUUUGUAUUAUGGGUCAUGAGAGAGCUACCGCACUCAGUUUCAGCUGACUUACAAGAAGAGACUAGAACAAUAGCUUUCAUACAUGAUAGUUCUGCUCCAGUGCAGCACUCUCAGCGCUGGACAGCUGCCACAAGCUCUCAGAAUCAGAUGAUUGGAUAGGAGAGUUGAGAGAACCACAGUGACAUCGACUUUAUAACUGCAGAUAUCGAGAGCGAGUCCCAUAUAGUUGCAAAUCAGAUCAGAUGCCUCUCUUCUGCAAAAUUUGAAAAACUGGAGGAAAUAUUGCCCACGAGUUUGAUUUUCACAAUGUAAUGAGUUCAGAAGAAGCUGGUGCAUUACAUCCUCUGCAGAUCGCUUCUUAAAGACGUAAGGUUGCCAUCAUCUUGUUUUUGAGAUUCCAGGCAUAUGUAUAGCUGAGUUUUCGUUUGUAUUUUUCCUUGUUUCUUUCUUGUUUAUUUUUUAUUUUUUAUUUUGGUUCUUUUUGGAAGGGGAAGGAUGGGGGAAUGGGUUAUCUUGUAUAUGCUUAUUAUAUACAGGUAUCAGGUAAUUUCUGAUAUUUUGUAUUGAAUCAGUUGGUGCUAAUUGAUGGGCCAAUGCUUUUCUUGA